AAUGUCGGAUUCCAUACAGCUCGUCGCCUCCUCCGGCAACAAGAAAACCAGUUUUUGGAUCCCUAAGGAUGCUUCUACGGAAGAUCUGAUGAGGAAGAUCACGGAAUGGAACGGCAUUGAUGCGGAGAGUCAGCGUGUAUUGUUCGCAGGCAAGGAGUUGAAAACCGAGACGAAUGGGAAGAAAACGUAAAUUUCAGACUACAAACUUAUAGACCGCUCCGAGCUGUUUGUUGUGUUCAGACUUCCGGGAGGCAAUGACCAGGAUCCACCACUGAAAGAACUGGACGAUGACGUAGAACUAAGCGAUGCCCCAGACAUGAUCACAUGGGACGAUGAUCCGGAUAAUAAACGUGCAAAAAUGCCGUGCGGACACGCCAUAAGUCCUGAAUCCCUCACAGCGUAUUGUCGGAGUCUGCUGACAGCGGGAAAGUUCCAGUUCUAUUGUCCGUACAUAGACCAUGACAAUGGCGCCUAUUGCGGACAAUCUUGGGAGUACUUCAUUAUCCGCCGACUAGCCGUUCUCACAGAGGAGGAGAAGUUAGAAUUCGAAACGAAAAUGUCACAGAACUACAUGAGGAAGUCCGCUGGAAUACAGGAAUGUCCACAGUGUUCUGUCUUUUGCAUGAGAGUCAGCUCAAAAGACCGGAGAGUUGUGUGUCUGUCGUGUAGUAAGAGCACCAGGUAUGAGUUCUGUUGGUAUUGCCUUGGAGACUGGAAGACUUUCAACACCACAAACUGUGGGAACACAGCCUGUACAGGCGAAGACCCAAGGUUGAAGAUCCUGAAGGAAGCUAAGCUAAAGGAGAUCGUUGGCCUGAAAGGAUGUCCUUCUAUCAGGGCGUGCCCAAACUGCGGGAUGCUGAUACAACACGAGAAAGCUUGCAAACACAUGGUUUGUGUAUGCGGACAGAAAUUCUGCUUCAUCUGCCUCGGUGUACCGGAUGAUCAAGACUACUACCGGUGUGGCACGUACAACUCCCACUGUGAUAUAGCUCCCGUCCAGACGGCGGUCCCGGAGAGUGAAUAA